UACUAGUACUAUCACACAUUUCCCGCCAAACAAACAUAAUUGCUACUCCCUCCCCCAAAUUCCAAAUUCAAAGUGAUCGUUUUCGUUCACCACCAACAUUCUCUACAAACAAGCACAAAAAGAGAGAGAAUGGAAGCUAAAGAAGCAAGUUCAUCCUUAGAAUCGAUAAUGCUAUCCUUCAAUACUCGCAUUUCUGACCUUCAAGAACUCAUCAUUGCUCGAAACAUGUAUCCUGCGAGUAGUGUUGCCGAUCUCACGGCAAUCGACGCUUCGGUGAAAGCUAUGGAGCUUCAAAUUCAAUCGAUAAAGGAUAGAUUACGCGAAGAAACCCUAGCUCUUCCCAAAGCCAAGAAAUUGAUUGAAGCAUCCCUUAAACAGCAGAAAAAGCUGCAGGAGAUGGCAAUUCAUGUUCCUUCUCACUUAACUGUCAAAACGACGUCUUCACUAUGUGACUCAAAUGAUCAUUUACAGUCAGAUCAUUCCAAGGAUGACAUAUUGAUGCGUUCGUUGAAGAUUGAAGAAGAGCCUGUUGCAUUGCCUAAGGAGAAAAAGGGUCGUGGACCUCCACCAUUGUGGUACAUCUCUGCAGAUGAGCUAGAAUCGCUAUCAUCCUACAUGAGAGGAAGAUUGACCCUUGAGAAAGUUAAUGCUGCUAUUAAUGAUAUGGCAGCUUAUGCUGAAUCAACAGCCCAGCUUAUCUCGGCCCCUAAAAAGAAGUUGCCAGAAAACAUGUGGGAGAGAGCCUUGGAGCUGCGCGAUAUUGCUAUGACUGAAGGAGUUAAAGGGAAACAUUUCUUUCUUGAGAAUGACAUAAAGGGACCUUCACUGAAACUUGACAACACCGGAAAAGCAAUACUGACUGUUCUUCGUCACCUAGGCCGUAUAAGUGAGACAAGGAUUGGACAUCACAGAGUGUUUGUUCUCUCAAGACCUCAAUGAAUGGGAUAUUAGGCACAACAAUUCUUAUCAGUGGUUUAAGUUCAGAAAAGCUCAUCGAAGUUGUGCCCAGUAGAAUACCAAUCUCCCUUCAUCAAAGUUGGGACUUGGGAGUAAGUUUACAUUUGUUUGGUAUGUGUAAUAGUUUGUAUACCGAAUACUUGAGUUAUCAUUUAAUCUUUACCUCCCAGAAAAAAGAACUGUUGGAACUUUCAUGAUGUUAUUAUACUGUAUAUUAGGUUAGAAACAUCAAACGAUUAUAUUUAUGAAAUCAAGAGGCUUUUAUUCAA